CCUGCAGGGCCACUGGGGUGUGCGCGGCGGGCGCGCCGGGAGCAUGAGCCUCGGCAGUGGCACGCAGGCAGGCGCAGGAGGCUGCAGGCUCAGGACGUCGCGCUCACACAGGUUUGCUGGCUGCUUUUGCUUGGCAACUUGGUAAGAGAGACCCGGCGGCGUGAGUUCACACAAGUCAACGCUGUUACAGGGGACUGCCAUUCAAAAUAAUUCAGGAAAGACUGCACAGGACUGGAUAAAUAACUAAGAACAGAGUGUUCUGAACAUCAACACAGAGUGGAAGAGCCUCAGGCUGAAGGCACAGUAUAUUAUUUACACUGAAGGGGUUUGUGUGUGGACAAGAAAGCGCUGACAGCUCAAAUGGAUCCUGUGGAACUGAGAAAUGUCAACAUCGAACCAGAUGAUGAGAGCAGCAGUGGAGAAAGUGUUCCGGAUAUCUACACCGGGAUGGGAAAUUCAGAAAAGGCAGCAAUGAGCAGUCCAUUUGCUAAUGAAGAUGCUGAAAGUCAAAAAUUCCUGACGAAUGGAUUUUUGGGGGAAAAGAAGCUGGCAGAUUACGGCGAUGAACAUCACCCUGGAACCACCUCCUUUGGAAUGUCUUCAUUCAACCUGAGUAAUGCCAUCAUGGGCAGUGGAAUCUUGGGCUUGUCCUAUGCCAUGGCCAACACAGGGAUCAUACUUUUUAUAAUCAUGCUGCUUGCUGUGGCAAUAUUAUCACUCUAUUCAGUUCACCUUUUAUUGAAGACAGCCAAGGAAGGAGGGUCUUUAAUUUAUGAAAAAUUGGGGGAAAAGGCAUUUGGAUGGCCUGGAAAAAUCGCAGCUUUUAUUUCAAUUACAAUGCAGAACAUUGGAGCAAUGUCAAGCUACCUCUUUAUCAUUAAAUAUGAACUACCUGAAGUAAUCAGAGCAUUCAUGGGACUUGAAGAAAAUACUGGAGAAUGGUACCUCGAUGGCAACUACCUCGUCAUAUUUGUGUCCAUUGGAAUUAUUCUUCCGCUUUCUCUUCUUAAAAAUUUAGGUUACCUUGGUUAUACCAGUGGAUUUUCUCUUACCUGCAUGGUGUUUUUUGUCAGUGUGGUGAUCUACAAGAAAUUCCAAAUACCCUGCCCUCUGCCCGUCCUGGAUCACAAUGUUGGAAAUGUGACAUUCAACAACACACUUCCAAUGCACGUGGUGAUGUUACCCAACAACUCUGAGAGUGCUGAUGUGAACUUCAUGAUGGAUUACACCCACCGCAAUCCUGCAGGGCUGGAUGAGAACCAGGCCAAGGGCUCUCUUCAUGACAGUGGGGUCGAGUAUGAAGCCCAUAGUGAUGACAAGUGUCAACCCAAAUACUUCGUGUUCAACUCCCGGACGGCCUAUGCAAUUCCCAUCCUAGCAUUUGCUUUUGUGUGCCAUCCUGAGGUCCUUCCCAUCUACAGUGAACUCAAAGAUCGGUCCCGGAAGAAAAUGCAAACAGUGUCAAAUAUUUCCAUCACGGGGAUGCUUGUCAUGUACCUGCUUGCUGCCCUCUUUGGCUACCUAACCUUCUAUGGAGAAGUUGAAGAUGAAUUACUUCAUGCUUACAGCAAAGUAUAUACAUUUGACACUCCUCUGCUCAUGGUACGCCUGGCAGUCCUUGUGGCGGUAACACUAACUGUGCCCAUUGUCCUGUUCCCAAUUCGUACAUCAGUGACCACACUAUUAUUUCCCCAAAGACCCUUCAGCUGGAUAAGACAUUUCCUGAUUGCAGCCGUACUUCUUGCACUUAAUAACGUUCUGGUCAUCCUUGUGCCAACUAUAAAAUACAUCUUUGGAUUCAUAGGGGCUUCAUCUGCCACCAUGCUGAUUUUUAUUCUUCCAGCAGCUUUUUAUCUCAGACUUGUCAAGAAAGAACCUCUUAGGUCACCCCAAAAGGUCGGGGCUUUAAUUUUCCUUGUGGUUGGAAUCAUCUUCAUGAUUGGAAGCAUGGCACUCAUCAUAAUUGACUGGAUUUACAAUCCUCCAAAUUCCAAGCACCACUAACCCCUGGAAAAAUACUUUCUACUGGAAAUGGUUGCAAGUUAUGCUCCAAAAGACAUUUGAGUUAUCUUGAUUGGAAUGUUAUUCAUAGGAAAUAACAGGAAGAUUCCAAAGACGUUUACUAAUAAUAUUACCAGACACCUGCCGAAGAGAAAAAUCAUCGUUUUUGUCAAGAAUAGCUGUUUAUGUGUUUAAAAUCUGUGGUGCACAUUUCUACCCAGGUUUUACUAGAGCAGCAUGAGAUGAUCAUGCCGUAUUUUUACUGCUGUACAAGCAGUAAUGAGAGCUGUGUGUAAUGGUUAUCAGAUAGUACCCUUUCCCCCUGCCUUCUCCUUACCCUCCAAACCUCCACAAAUUAACAAAUACUUGUUUUCUCAGAACAUCAAGCAAAAAUGCCCUGGUGGCAAAGCUAUCACUACAUAAUGCCUUCCCUGGUGGCAAAGCUAUCACUACAUAAUGCCUUCCCUGGUGGCAAAGCUAUCACUACAUAAUGCCUUCCCUGGUGGCAAAGCUAUCACUACUUAAUGCCUCCCAGUCUUGCACCAAACACUCUGGGUCUCUUUACUAACAGAGGCAAAAGGCGUGGCUCAGAAAUUGUCCCCAUAAGGCAUGCAAACGAUCAGACACCAGCUUAGAGCAUCUUGCUGUCAACAGCAAAAUAAUAAUUUGCCCAUCUUGUUUGUAACAUUCAAUUAGUGACUUCUUUAUUCAAUGGAUUUUUUGGUAAAUGUUAAAACAUCUUGCUAAACAUAGAGAGGGGCUUUAUUUAAAUCAUAGAGCAACAAAAAAAAUAAUUCUUGUAGCUAAAAUGCCUGUUCUGGAAACACCUGCUUUUUAAUGUUAUUUCUAGUUCUCUUGUCAUACUUUUGUCAUUGAACAAUGCUCUCCCUCUCGUCUUCCAUUCUCAUUCAGAAUUUUUUAGAAGGCCACAAUUUAUGUGGAGAUACACUGCCCAGUAUUGUUUGCUACAUUUUUAUUUGAUAAACAUUCAGUGCAGGAAACUGUGAUUUGCUAUAUGUUUAUGUAUAUAAUCUUAUUCUGGAGUCAUCAGAAUGUUAACGUAUGGUACAUUUGAUUUUUAUUUUUUACAUGUGUAGUUUUCUCUCUUCACAGUCAAAACAUAUAUAUUAUUGGGGGUGGGGGCAGAGAAUUAAGUUGGUGGGCUCAAAAAUCCAUUUGUAUGUAUCUGUCUAUAGGGGAUAUUUUAAAUUUGAAACCUAAGUUAUAUAUAGUUCAGUAAUGCUCUUCAAAGUUUCCAAUAAUAUAAUCAUCUACAAGAAAAUAAGUUCCUUAUUUGCAAAUAAUUAUCAAUACUAAGGUUUUUCUUUUAAUUUAGCAUGUCUAAAAUAGGAUUUAAUUCAUUUUUGCUUGCAUAGGUGUUUGCUAACACUCAUUUGUCAUUUAUUACAAUGUUGAGUGGUUCUCCCAUAAAGAUAAAAGUGCCAACACUACAAAGAAAUGCAAACUAUCAUUCUUGCUCUCUCCUACAAUACACUUUUAUGAAAUGGAUUUAAAAAUUACUACUCAUUGCCUAGAAUUUUUGGAAUUUAUAACUUUUACUCAAAUCAUAGUGCUCAUUUGUAUAUUUUAUAUUUUAGUAAAGCCAACUAUGAAAUACAAGGAUCAUACCAGUAUGAUAAUACCAAAUCACAUUCAAUAGUUUUUCUGAGAUGUGCUCCCCAAAAUAUAUUUGUUUUACAUAUUAUUUUCUAGAGGCACAAUACUAUAAAAUGAUGCACUUUGCUGUGGAAAUUGAGCAUUGCUAGAAAAUAUCAUAACUUUUGAGUUACCAUUAUCUGGGAAAAAAUUGCCAAAUAUCAUCUUUAAGAUAUAUUUCCAUUUUCAUUCUUCUAAAGAGUGUAUCAAAAUAGAAAGUAGAAAAAAAUAUUUCUGAAUGUCAAAAACAUUUAAUUGAGGCAUAUUUAAGUGUAAAUAUUAAUGAUCAAUCUCCCAAAAUGGAAAACUGUAAACUCUGUAUAUAUUUUGAAUGCAUUUAAAAUUACUAACUUGAAAAUAUCAUGUGUAAUUAUAUAAAUAUUCAAGAGCAAUACAAUAGUGCCAAAUAAGAAUGCAUCAUUUUUUCUCAUGGCCAUUUUCAGGAAUAGAGUUCACAUAAACUGCAAGGCAGACAUACAUAUGGUAUCUUGUGCUGAUUAAUUUAACCCCAUUUGUAAACAGAUAAAAAUUUUAUUUUCUUAUUUCAUUUAUAAGAUGGUUCAAUGUAUUGGGAGGUUUUUUUAUUACAGAGAGUGUAUAUUGGUAUAUAAUAAAUGAACUUUUCAAAUGAC